GGGACUGUUUGGGAGAAGAAAAGAAUGGGAGAGAUGGAAAGAGAGAGAGAGAGAGCUAUUUGAUUUCGUUUUCUACGUCUGAAUGAAUAGCGAAAACGCUCUCUUUGACACCUAAGCUGAAGAAGAAGAAGAAGAAGGGAAGAAACUUUUCCUUUGUUUCAUCUGGGCGAUUCACACUUCAUUUUCUGUUCACACCACCUUCCUAUAAAUCUUUACUCUUCUUUCUCUCUCCAUCUUUUUCCUUUCGAUUCCGUAUCUAUCUUUCUUUUUAAUUUGGUGUGUGAAAAUCGAUCGAUCUUGUUCUUGUGUGCGUUGUCUGAAUUAUUUGUUGUUGCGUGUGCGUGUGUAAUGGAAGCGCAUCAUCAUCAGCAUCACAUCAGUGUUAACGUUGAUACUGAUAGGUUUCCUCAAUGGAGCAUUCAAGAAACGAGGCAGUUCUUGAUGAUUCGAUCUGAACUGGAUCGAACUUUCAUGGAGACUAAAAGAAACAAGCUUCUUUGGGAUGUGAUUUCUAAUAAACUGAAGGAAAAGGGUUUUCAUCGCAGCGCAGAUCAGUGCAAGUGCAAGUGGAAAAACCUCGUCACUCGUUACAAGGGAUGUGAAACGAUUGAACCUGAAUCUUUGCGACAACAAUUCCCAUUUUAUAGCGAGUUGCAAGCAAUUUUCUCGGCCAGGAUGCAACGAAUGUUAUGGACUGAAGCAGAAGGAGCAGCAGGAGGGUCUAAAAAGAAAGCGGUGCAGCUAUGUUCUGACGAGGAAGACGAUAACGAAGAAAGCGAGGGAGAGAAGCUGGGAAGUACAAGAAAGAAGAAAAAAGGCAAAAGCGCUGCGAAUAUAAGCGGGGGCGGUAGUAGCAGUGGAAAUAUCGGUAGCUUAAAGGAAAUUUUGGAAGAUUUCAUGAAGCAACAGAUGCAAAUGGAGAUGCAAUGGAGAGAAGCGUUUGAAGCUCGGGAAAAUGAGAGGAAAAUGAUGGAGAUGGAGUGGAGACAAACGAUGGAAGCAUUAGAGAAUGAGAGGAUAAUGAUGGAUAGGAGAUGGAGAGAGCGAGAAGAACAAAGAAGGAUAAGAGAAGAAGCUAGGGCAGAGAAGAGGGACGCACUAAUCACAGCACUUUUACACAAGCUUAGAAGAGAAGAGAUUUAAAUCAAGCAUUUAAUGCGUUUUUGUUGUUUUGAAGAAGAAGGAAAGCUUUGUAAGAGAUAGAGAGGUUUGUCUCCGAAAUUCUCAUUUUGAAGUUGUUAUCGUUCUUUAGAUAUCUUAAUCAUCAAACUUAUGUAAUUGUCUUAUCUUAAUCAUCAAACUUAUAUAAUCAUUAAGACAAGACUAAGUUAAAAGAAUUGAAACUUUCUGGUAAGAAUCAAAAACAAAAUUUAAGGAAAUUUAGGAAUCACAGAGCAAGAGUGGAGAAUAAAAGAAAAGAUAAUGCUCAUGUGAGCAAGAGUGCAAGAACGCAAUAAGCUCAUCGUGGUGCACAGUUGUGGUGUUAAUGCUCCAUUGUUGCUAAUGCCUCUCAACUUCAUCAAGGUGUGUUUGAUUUUGUGUUAACUUUCACUUACAUAUGCACAAGUGUUCUGAAUUUUUACAUAUUUAUAUAUGCAUUUACUAGAUUGUGUGCCAUGAAAAACUUAUUUAGACCGAGUAUAAGUAAAUUCAAAAUGUAAAAUACUAGUAUAAUCCAUUUAAAAUUUCGUAUAUUUACGAUACAGAUUUAUGUAAAGCUGAUUUAGGAAAGAAUUACCCUGGUAGCCAUAAUCAAAUAUGCAACUUCCUAGAAAUGGCCAUCAGAAACAAGUUGUUUCAAAUUGUCAUCAACUGCUCCAUUUUCCUUUAUUCAUUUCAGAAACCAAGAUUAUACGAAAACCAUCUCAGUAGAAUAAGGUUGGUGGUGAGAAAUGUUUCUUGCUGUUUAAGUGUCAACCAAGGCUUUGUGAAAGUCAAAAAAAUGUGCAUGACUUGUUUUAAAAUCCUAAAAAAAAAAAAUAAAGUUUUUGACCAUAUAUAAUUAAAUAGAUACAGAUGUUCGUUGCAGCUUUCGUCAUCUGAAUGAGGUAGGACAAAACCUAGAAGUUAGAAGCUUUUCUUUUGGGUUGUGAGAAAAUUUUCUAAGAGGGACUUGCAAAAUUCUCCACAGGUAAAACAAUGUAAUGUAAUUUGGAAGGAGGUGUCAUAUACCUUGAAUGUGUAAAUAAGUCGGUAUUCUAGAAAAUGUAUAAAUGAGUCGAUGAUACAUGAUAUCUAGCUAUCUAAAAGUACAU